GAGCGGCGCGCCGACGUCACAUCCUGGGCGCGCAGCGCGUCCGCCCGCGAGCAGUCCGUGGUCGUCGGUGCGUCGUCGAGCGACGGAAGGCGCCCGAGGACUGCGGCUCCGCGGAGAGAACGCGCGUGCGCCUCGGGCCCUGCGAGCAUUGUGGGAUCGCGGUGCUCGAGCCGCAUAAUUAGUCCUGGGUGCGAGUCCUGUCGGCCCGGGUUCGAGCCAGCCAAGCAGCGAGCGGGCGGAACGACGCGGAGGAUGCGCGGAGCGGUGCGGGCCUGAGCGGGCGAGCGCGGAGCCGACAUGCCCACCUUCACGGGCACCGUCAAGCUCAAGAUUUGCGAAGCCGUGGAACUCAAGCCGACGGACCUCACCACUCGGCAUGUGAAUGUGGUCGGCUCGAAGCCUCAACUGAUGCUGAUAGACCCCUACGUGUCCAUCAAUGUCGAUGAUAUCCUCAUCAGCCGAUCCAGCACCAAGCAGCGGACGUUCAAGCCCGUCUGGAACGAGUACUUCACGGCAGAGGUCCACGGCGCCCAGAACCUCGGCUUCACCGUCUUCCACGCAGCCAUUCCGUCGGAUGACUUCGUCGCAAACUGCACCGUCUCCUUCGACGAGCUGGUCAACUCGGCCAAGGAGCAAGGCAGCAACGAGAACGACAUUUGGAUCGACCUGGAGCCCGGAGGCAAGAUUCAUGUGGUCAUUGAACUCGUCUCAGCGGAAAAUGUGGAGAAGCCGCGGGAGUUCAAGCAGCGGCAGGGGCUCAACCGGCGGCGCGGGGCCAUGCGCCGCCGGGUGCACCAGGUCAACGGUCACAAGUUCAUGGCCACCAUCCUGAGGCAGCCCACCUUCUGCUCCCACUGCAGGGAGUUCAUCUGGGGCCUGGGUAAACAGGGGUACCAAUGUCAAGUAUGCACGUGCGUCGUCCACAAGCGCUGCCACGAAUUCGUGGUGACCAAGUGCCCCGGCAUGAAGGACAGCACAAACGACGAGCUGGCGGCGGGAAGCCGCUUCAACAUCAACAUCCCUCACCGGUUUGUGGUGCACAACUACAAGCGGCCCACGUUCUGCGACCACUGCGGCUCCAUGCUUUACGGCCUCUUCCGCCAGGGGCUCCAGUGCGAAGCGUGCAGCAUGAACGUCCACAAGCGUUGCCAAAAGAAUGUGGCCAACAACUGCGGCAUCAAUCCCAAGCAGAUGGCGGAAAUCCUGAGCGCCAUGGGCAUCUCCGGCGACAAGCUGACCAAACGCAAAAAGAAGCAAGGAAUAUCCCUCACCCAAGAGAUUUAUAACCAGCAGACCUCCAUCAGCGAGUCUCCCAACAAGCUGUCGCAGUCGGAGAGAUCGCACACGUCCUCCAUGCCGGCCACCUCGGACGAAGGGAUGUCCGGCAUGAGCUUUGGGGCGUACGACAUGCUGUCCCUGACAGACUCGUACGGCCAGUUCUCGCUCAAGGUGCCGGACUCAGGAGGGGAGGGCGGGGAGAAGUUCUCGCCUACGCCCAGCAGCCGGGACGGCAAGCGGCCCAAGAAGUUUGGUCUAGAUGACUUCACCUUCAUCAAGGUCCUGGGCAAGGGCAGCUUUGGAAAGGUGAUGCUGGCAGAGCGCAAAGGCACCGAGGAAGUGUAUGCGGUGAAGGUGCUCAAGAAAGACGUGAUCCUCCAAGAUGAUGACGUCGACUGUACCAUGACGGAGAAGCGCAUCCUGACCCUGUCGGCCAAGCAUCCCUUCCUGACGGCCCUGCACUGCUGCUUCCAGACAGAGGAUCGACUGUUCUUUGUCAUGGAGUACGUCAACGGCGGAGACCUCAUGUUCCAGAUCCAGAAAGCGAGAAAGUUUGACGAGCCACGGGCGCGGUUCUACGCGGCUGAGGUGACGCUAGCCCUCAUGUUUCUACACCAGUAUGGCGUCAUCUAUAGGGAUUUGAAACUGGACAACAUUUUACUGGACACGGACGGCCAUUGCAAGAUUGCGGAUUUCGGCAUGUGCAAGGAAGGCAUCAAGAAUGGUGUCACCACCACCACCUUCUGCGGCACACCGGACUACAUUGCCCCCGAGAUCCUCCAGGAGCUCGAGUACGGCCCCUCGGUGGACUGGUGGGCGCUCGGAGUGCUCAUGUACGAGAUGAUGGCGGGCCAGCCACCGUUUGAGGCGGACAACGAGGACGACCUCUUCGAGUCGAUCCUCCACGACGACGUCCUCUACCCGGUCUGGCUCAGCAAGGAGGCCGUCUCCAUCCUCAAGGGGUUCAUGACCAAGAACCCGGCCAAGCGGCUGGGCUGCGUGGAGUCUCAGGGCGGGGAGCAGGCCAUCCUCAGCCACGCCUUCUUCAAGGACAUGGACUGGGAGGCCCUGGAGGCUCGCAAGGUCAAGCCCCCAUUCAAGCCCAAGAUUAAAACCAAGCGGGACGUGAACAACUUCGACCAAGACUUCACUAAAGAAGAGCCCGUGCUGACGCCCGUCAACCAGGAGGUGUUGCGCAACAUCAACCAAGAGGAGUUCCGGGGCUUCUCUUUCGUCAACGAGGACUUCAAUCCGGCCAGGUUUGCAGGCGAAGGCGGUCCUGCCACGUAGGGGCCACCCCCUCUAGUCACACGCACGCGGGCGUGGGCAGGGGGCCGCCCAGGCCCCCCCACCCCGACCACUUCAGAGUCCUGGGGCGAGCGCGAUUCGGCCGGACGCCGCGGAAACGCGGGAAACCCCCGGUGCGGGACCCCGAGCGGCUGUGCUGCGGGAUGGGACACGCUUUUGGCACUUAGGACCCAACUCGAGCGUGAGACACAACGGCGGUGGCCUGCACCCCGAAACACGUCCGUGUGGACCGCGCGGAGACUGGGUAGCCGGAAUCUGCAGGCCGGACUCUGCAGAAGCGUCUCGGCAAGCAACGAGGUGGAGAGUAAGGACGAGACAGCGAGCAUGCAGGCAGGCUGGUGGUAGUCGAUCGUGUUGCGUAAAACUUGAGGCCGUGGCGAGAAAAGGGAAGAAACUUUCCAUUUUAAGAAGACGUGGGAGGGCAAUGUCUCAACUUUGGUAACUCAUUUACUUUUCUUGUUCAUUACUGACCCAUGGUGCUGUUGCCAAAGGCCUGCUUCGCGGAGUGUGAACUCUUUCUUAAAAGGUCGUAGAAAGUUAAGUGUUGAUGCUUUUCUUCGUUAACAAAGGCUUUAAAGAAAGCCAUUGGUGACAGCACCGUGGGUUUGUAAGGAACAAGAAAAAUAAACGAGCUUGUGGAAUUGGAGACAUUCCCCUCAUGCAUAUUUUUCUUCGACUGGGAAGUUUCUUCUUUUCUCUCCUCAUAGUCUUUGGUUUUAUGCAAUAUGAGACCUAUAGGCAGUGACAGGUUUAAGAGUUCAAGGGAAGCUCCUUGCACCUCUGUCCACUUUAGCGGAGCAAAUGCUGGAGGGGAGGUGGCCUCCUCUACGGCGUUUAUUCCAGUGAAGUGGUGGGAGGAGCUUCCCCUGAACUCUUAAGGAGUCACCAGCUAUAGAUGCCUGCUUGUUGUCGGCCGCCAAGCCUGCCGUUUUGCAUGCUACGAGUCCCGGUGUGGACUGCGUUUUAAAGCCAAAGUGUUACUCGGUCCUCACCGCUCCUCGAGUUGGCUCCGUAAAUUGCGGCAAUCGGCCCUCCGUGCGCUCCAUGUGAAACUGCGGAUGUGUUCGAAGUCUAACGGGAGGGCGGUCUCUCUGUCCGACGGCGCGGGUGGGCGAAGCUGGGGACGUCAUAAAUGUCGGUCCUACUUCCCCCAGGGUUUCCCGCGUCUCCCUUCCACGGCGGAACUCGGCGCGACAAAGUUCCCCAAUCGCAAUCGGUCGUUCACCCGCUGCGGCGAUGGGGCAGCGGCCUAAUCUAGUCUCACCGGGAGUAUUUGCACGUCUUUGCGCGCCCAAAUUCACAUGCCGAUGGCGGGCACAUCGUGUUCCUCUUCUCCUGUUUGGUUUGCCCUUCUUUUCCAAAGAGGGCGGCAGCGUGCCUGCUACCAGCAACCUUACCUCGCUUCGCGUCCCCGAGGCCCUUUGGAAGAAUGUCCGCUUACGUUUUAGCCGCCGCUCGGACCACGACGAACAUUCAGAAGAUUGGCGGGAAGUGCCCUAACCGGAGGAUGCGUUUGUCUCGGGCGUUUUGCUUGUUGUCGUUUUCGUUUUUUCCUCUGUUAAUGUUUGUGUAAUUGUUCCCCCUGCCAUGUACUUUGUGUAAUUUAUGUUUCGUAUAUUUAUUUAUUUAUUUUCUGCUCCGAAAAAAAGAAAGGAGGUCAAUCGAGAGAGAAUGUCCAGCAUUCGGGCGUUUUGACCGCAAUACUGGGGGCGCGGCUGCAAGCCGUAUCUUUUCUUCUCGUUUUUUUUUCUUUUUUAAAAUUAAGGGCCUCGGAACGGACGUGGGAGGUCAUUUUGAUGGCGCCCUCGAUGCACCCCUAGGCCCCGAGCCGAGAUUGUGAGAGGCACCCCGCUGUCGUCUGCUCGCCUCUGCGUGGCUCGCCCAAAUCCCUUCACCUCCUUUGUCCUUCUGCCGCUGCAACCACACGCGUCUCGAGUCACAAUUAAUGUCCACUCAUCCCGGAUCUGCGAGGAGGAAACUCGGAGGCUUCAGUGACGUGACCACCGGUUCUUGUCGACGUGCGGCCUCCGCGGUGUCUGUUUGUUUUUUCGAAACCCGGAUUCGUGCGUUGGUCGUUAUUAUCGUUGCAGGCCCAAAGUUCAGCCCAAUGCCCGGAGGUUCGUCCUAUCACACGACGCGUUCAUUCCUUUGCGUUUGUGCCCAUAUUGCGUCCUCUGCAUCCGAAGAAUCGUUUGUUGUUUCCUGCAAAAGUUGUGUUCCUUCACUGCAGCAGAAACCUUGAACAGGGCCGUCUUCCUAGAAGCUCCUGCUUGGUCUGGAGCCGCUUUUGGAGUCACGAGGGAGAACUAGAGUCAGCGCAAGAGCCGAAAUUCCUAUUUACUAUGCGCAACGGUGAUAAAAUGCGUCAAUAUUGGAGGGAAACCUUCGCUUCCAGUUAUUGCUGCGAGUCCCGUUAGUCAGCUGGCACGAAAAUUCAAAAGCAGGACACCAAAGAUUGUGAAGCUUACCGUGCAAAAUGAUGCGCUUCAAAUUGGAGAAAGCGCGACGCAAGUAAUUGUAAUACAUUUGCAGGCCGUUGGCUUCCUCCAGGGCACACUCAACCAUUCUUUCUCAACAGUGAAUUGUGGAAAGUUGAGAUUUUGCGUGAAAGGGUAGAUUUUUUUAGCCUUCCACCUAGAAAUGCUGUUACGGAAGCAGCUGAUUGGAAGACUCCAGCGGCUCCAGCGUAAACGGCGAUGCUGUCCAUGAGUCCUUAAAAAUCCGUUGUGGCUUAGUGCUUUCGGCAUGUCAGAGCCUAUCCAGAACCGUCUUGGCUCGGCUCGUGGGUGGGCGGUUAGCCGAGACUCGCCCGAAGCCGGUCUAGCUUUGUCGGCACCCCUUUAGUCUCCCCUGAUUUCGGGACGCACAUUCAAAGUCGGCGUUGUCUCGGCGAAGCGGAAGUUCCCUCCCCACUCGGAGGCCACCCCCUCUCCCUCGCUUGCAACGGGGUCCCCAAAUACUCAUUUCCAUUCGUCCGUACAGUAGCGAAGGGUCGUGUGCGUGUGUGGCCUGUACAUAUGUAAAUGCACACACACACUGCUGACAGAUACACCUCAUUUUCUUUCUCCUCUCGUGACAUGCAUUGCAACGCAGCGCGUCCACUUUGGAACCUAUCCCCACGCAGUACUUGGAAGUUGCCGCCGCGCGGCGAUUGCGCCACGAACUGCGUCUGUUGCUGGGGUGUGCACUGUCUGGUCCGUGCCACGGUUGUACAAAGGUGUACAGGCAUGUUCACGGUGUGUGUAUGUGUGGCCUCUCUGGUUUUCGGUCCCGCGCCCUUUCGGCGUUGCAACGGACGCGAGCGGAGAGGGUGCUGGAGGUGGGCUCCAAGAGCAGCCGCCAGACAUUUGGGUGGCAGCACCCUCCCCCCACCUCGAGCUCGCUUACCGUCUGCUUUGUGUCCGGGGGUGUUAGCGCUCCGUAAACGGCACUGUGUGUACGUUGCGGACACUCGUGAUGGCUAUUAGGAAUCGAAACAAAAAUGGUUGCGUGGUUCUCUUCCUUGAAUGUGGCAACCUGUCCAUCUGUAGAAGCUUGCGUCUGGAGGCACCCGUCGCGGAUUGGGGAGCAUCGGCAGUUCGGCGGCUUCGGCUCCGACUGCACUGCCCCAGUCGAGGAUCGGCUCGGCUCGGUCACGGAUGGGCAGGCCGAGGCUUUUUUUUGUAGAGAGACGAGAUGCAGCUUAGAGUAACGCACUGUUAGAUCUGCACAAUCAACUUGCAACCAUAGCUAGGGCGGGCAGUGUCGGUCCCGUCUGUGCCGUAGAUGCAAAGUGGGCUCACACGUGCAGGCCAGGCACGUUUCGGCACGAGCCAGCGGGCUCGCUUGGCGCGGCCAGUGCACGGCAGUCCUGCCUCCGCGGCAGACCCACGAGAGAGGCUGAGCUCUGCGCAUCCGGACGCGCCAAGCAGGGUUGCCGGGAUGCCUCUGUCAAAGUGACGGCGAUCCGCCGCCGACGGGCGCGCAGGCACCAGCGCCCGGGAGGCAAUUACGCCCCAAACACGAGAAGGGGUGGGAACUGUCGUAGAUGCCAGCCGUAGGUGCAGUUCUGCAUCGGUCGUCGACGAAUCCUUCGUUACAGAGAUAUGAGGAAAAAAAGAGAAACAUUAUAUAUAUAUAUAUAUAUAUACAUAAGGUUACUCAUAUAAUUAUAUGUAUAUAAAAUAAAGAAAAAAAAUUGGUGUGAAGUAGAAGCAUUUGUAAACUCUGUACAUUCAACUGUGUCUGUUCCGGAAGCGUGGUCUCUUUGAGAAAAACAAACUGCAAUGUGCUUUGCGGCACACACUGACCCUCCACCGUAGGCUCCCCCAUUCUGGUGCUGGCACAGCCCCUCCGAUAUUUUAUUCUGUGGUUUUGAAAUCCUUGUGGACAUUGCUGCUAAUAAACUCAUCUGUGAUGCGGAAAAAAAAGGGAAAAAAUCUAGCAAAAA